ACGAGACAUCACACAAUGAGUUCAAACGGUGAAACCCAGAUGACUCCCACUCAAGUGUCAGAUGAGGAAGCCAACUUGUUCGCCAUGCAGCUGGCCAGUGCAUCAGUCCUCCCCAUGGUCCUCAAAUCAGCCAUAGAACUGGACCUGCUGGAGAUCAUGGCCAAAGCCGGUCCUGGUGCUUUCCUCUCCCCAAAAGAAGUGGCAUCCAAGCUCCCCACCACCAAUCCUGAUGCUCCUGUUAUGCUUGACCGCAUCUUGCGCCUCCUGGCCAGCUACUCCAUCCUCACUUGCUCCUUGCGCAAUCUUCCCGAUGGCAAAGCCGAGAGACUCUAUGGCCUUGGCCCUGUCUGCAAAUUCUUGACCAAGAAUCAAGAUGGUGUCUCUAUUUCCGCCCUCAGUCUCAUGAAUCAGGACAAGGUCCUUAUGGAGAGCUGGUACUACUUGAAAGAUGCAGUGCUGGAAGGUGGAAUCCCAUUCAAUAAGGCUUAUGGCAUGUCCGCAUUUGAGUACCAUGGCACGGAUCCUAGAUUCAACAAAGUUUUCAACAGGGGAAUGUCUGAUCACUCCACAAUUGCCAUGAAGAAGAUUCUCGAAGCAUAUGAUGGUUUCAAGGGACUAAAAACACUUGUCGAUGUCGGCGGUGGUACUGGUGCCACGCUUAGCAUGAUCGUCUCCAAGUACCCCACCAUCAAGGGCAUUAAUUUUGAUUUGCCUCAUGUCAUUGAGGAUGCUCCUAGUUAUCCUGGUGUGGAGCAUGUUGGUGGAGACAUGUUUGUAAGUGUUCCAAAAGGAGAUGCCAUUUUCAUGAAGUGGAUAUGUCACGAUUGGAGCGAUGAACACUGCUUGAAAUUUUUGAAGAACUGCUAUGAAGCUUUGCCGGACAACGGAAAAGUGAUUGUUGCGGAAUGCAUUCUUCCGGAUUACCCAGAUUCUAGUCUUGCCACGAAGUUAGUUGUCCAUAUCGAUUGCAUCAUGUUGGCUCACAACCCUGGUGGGAAAGAGAGGACCCGAAAAGAGUUUGAGGCACUGGCAAAGGGAGCUGGAUUUCAAGGCUUCCAAGUAAAAUGUGAUGCUUUCGGCACCAACAUCAUGGAGUUUCUCAAAAAUGUUUGAAUCUGUGUUGGAUUCAUGCUUUUGACUGUUUUACUUUUGGAUUUUGGGACUUGGUGACUGUCUCAAAGGUUGGCUUGCUGGAAUUACUACUUUUUUGUUUGACAGAACAAUAAGAACGGAAUUUUAAGCUUAUUAUGCGGAAGAGAUCCUAUGUUGUAUCCAUUACCUUACUGUGACUAAUAAACGAAGUGUUGAUUAUUUUCUUUG